UCCGGGUCACACACGUGGAGUCUCACUAUGGUGUUCCUCAGGAGCUGCUAACCUUCAACACGUUUCCCCGCUUGCCUUUAAAGUCAGAUCACUGGUUUAACUAGGGACCUUGUUCCAGAUUCGUUUCCAUUUAUCUGCUACAGUGUUUGUCUUCUGCUAGAUGGCAUGUGAACAAACCAGUAAUUACCAAGAGGCAGCAGGUUUUAAGCUUCCAUCUCAUCCUUGCCUUGUUGUGCACUUAUCCCAGAGUUACACCUGUGCUUGGAUACCAUCGAGGUAGAAAGAUUUCUCAGUAGGCUGGAGCCAUGAUCAGACUGUCUGCUUCAUGUCUGAAACGCUGGCCUCCCAGGAACUCCUUUAAUGCCCCAAGCAUAUGGAAAAGGCUUGGAGCGAGGUCAGGACUGUACGGCAUCCGCUCCCAGCCGAGUUCCUGUAAUAUACAAGUGGUUUUGGCGAAUGAUUGCGUGUACAGUUCACGCAGACAGAUGCGUCUCUUCUGCAAGUCCGCAACAAGUUGUCCGUCGAUUUUCAAGGAUCAGGCUGCCCACUCGCUGAAUGGUCAUGGAGCGACUGCAGUGAGCUCCGAGCCACCUCAGCCGGGAUCGUCAGUCAAGGACUCUAUGACCGCUACAAUGAAAUACAUUCUGGUAACGGGAGGAGUGAUCUCCGGCAUUGGGAAAGGCAUCAUCGCUAGCAGUGUCGGGACUAUCCUGAAGUCAUGCGGCCUUCAUGUCACGGCGAUUAAAAUCGACCCUUACAUCAACAUCGAUGCUGGGACUUUCUCUCCAUAUGAGCACGGUGAAGUGUUUGUGUUGGACGAUGGAGGAGAGGUCGACCUCGAUCUGGGGAACUAUGAGCGCUUCUUGGAUAUCCGUCUCACCAAAGACAACAAUUUGACCACCGGCAAGAUCUAUCAGUCGGUUAUUAACAAAGAGCGACGAGGAGACUAUCUGGGGAAGACCGUGCAGGUGGUGCCGCACAUAACCGAUGCCAUUCAGGAGUGGGUGAUGAAGCAAGCCAAGAUCCCUGUGGAUGAUGAUGGCAUGGAGCCUCAAGUGUGCGUCAUUGAGUUGGGAGGAACCGUCGGAGACAUCGAGAGCAUGCCUUUCAUCGAGGCGUUCAGACAGUUCCAGUUUAAAGUGAAGAAGGAAAAUUUCUGCAACAUCCACGUCAGUCUCGUUCCACAGCCCAGUGCUACAGGUGAGCAGAAGACCAAACCCACACAGAACAGCGUGAGAGAGCUGAGAGGACUCGGCCUUUCUCCAGACCUGAUCAUGUGCCGCUGCUGCACUCCGCUUGAUAACUCUGUGAAGGAGAAGAUCUCCAUGUUCUGUCACGUGGAACCUGAACAGGUAAUAUGCGUCCAUGAUGUGUCGUCCAUCUACCGAGUGCCGCUGCUGCUAGAGGAGCAGGGUGUCGUGAACUACUUUUGCCGGAGGCUCGACCUGCCUAUUGAGGGCAGACCGAGAAAGAUGCUCGCUAAAUGGAAAGAGAUGUCCGACAGGUCAGACAGACUGUUGGAGCAUUGUUCCAUUGCCCUGGUUGGGAAGUACACCAAAUUCUCUGACUCGUAUGCUUCAGUUAUCAAAGCCCUGGAGCACUCAGCCCUUGCCAUCAGUCAUAAACUAGAGGUUAAAUAUAUCGAUUCUGCAGAUUUGGAGCCUGCUACUCUGCAGGACGAGCCAGUGAAAUAUCAUGAAGCUUGGCAGAAGCUCUGCAGUGCAGAUGGUAUUUUGGUACCCGGAGGUUUUGGAGUAAGAGGGACAGAAGGCAAGAUUCAGGCCAUCAGCUGGGCCCGCAAACAAAAGAAACCAUUUUUAGGUGUGUGUUUGGGAAUGCAGCUCGCAGUUUGUGAAUUUGCCAGGAACAUACUGGGCUGGGAAGAUGCUAACUCCACUGAGUUUGACCCAGAAUCCAAACACCCUGUGGUGAUCGAUAUGCCUGAGCACAAUCCAGGACAGAUGGGCGGCACAAUGAGGCUGGGAAAGCGACGGACUAUUUUCCAUAACAAGAAUAGUAUAUUAAGAAGGCUUUAUGGAGAUGCAGACUAUGUGGAAGAAAGACACAGACAUCGUUUUGAGGUCAACCCAGAGCUGAAGCAACAUUUUGAAAAGAAGGGCUUCCACUUUGUGGGGCAGGAUGUGGAGGGAGAGAGGAUGGAGGUCAUAGAGCUGGAGGAUCAUCCGUAUUUCGUGGGUGUCCAGUACCAUCCAGAGUUCACAUCCCGGCCAAUAAAACCCUCUCCACCAUACUUUGGGCUCCUGCUGGCUGCUGCUGGAAAACUGCCCAGCUACCUACAGAGAGGUUGCCAGCUCUCGCCACGAGACAUGUAUAGCGAUCGCAGUGGCAGCAGUUCUCCAGAUUCAGAGAUCUCAGAGUUCAAACUGCCCUCCAUCACCCAGGACUGAUCAAAUUAUUGAUCUAAUUAAACAGUAUGUCUGUAGGUCUUUUUUCUUUCUUUUUUUUUUAAGUUGACCACAAUGCAAUCAGCCUUGCCAACUUUAGCACGUGCAUACGCGUGUGUGUUCAUCUAUUGCAUUUAUUACUUAAAAUGCACAAAAACAUCAGUCUUCUUUAUUCCCCCCCAAUAAACCAGCAGGUAAACCAAUCAUAUCGUAUCAUGUAUUAACCAACACCCUAGGGAGCUCUUUUCAUCUGUGAUGCAGAGCAAUUAACCUUUUCUCUGUGGUCAUGUCAAGCUUAAAGAAUGCUCUUUAACCGAACGUUAAUGUAAAUUCAAAGCUACCGAAUUAUGUUCACUGUAAACAUAUUUGUACCAAACAUGAGCUAAAUGGGUGUGUGUUUGUGCACGCGUUGUGCAAAAGUCUUGGGUAUAUGCAUAUAACUGCUGUAGAGCAAGGAUGUCUUCAAAAGAGCCAUAAACGCUAACUGUCAAUUAAUUGGUGUGAUGAGCCUUUGCUUAAUAUAGUCUUCGGUAGAAUUUGUGCAGUUUUUAUAAGGAAAAUGACUGCGUAGUUUUACUGAGUCCUUCUGAGGACUUUGUUGCACAAGCUUCUUUUUUUUUAUUCAUGCAAAACCCAGAAGCUUUUUUAUUUUGUUGUUUUGUUUAUUUGCUGAAAAGUGGUCUUUUACACAAUAUUCUGCUUUCUUUCUUGCCCUCCAGAUAUUUUCCUGUAAGAUUAAAUUUUUAAAUAGUAAUCAGAAAUGUUUUUGUAUUAAUGUAAUAAUGAACUCAUAAAAUAAAUGUCAUUAAAAAGUACUAUAAAAGUUUUGCACACAAGUUGCCUUCCUACAGAACUGUAUAUGGCAAGUUUCAGCCAAAAGUAGUAACUUUUUGGAUCCACAGUAGAGAUGGUAUCAUGGACGAUCAGUAAAUAAUAGUAAGACCAAGACUAAGGCGAUUUAACUUAACUGCUGCAUUGGGAAUGCACAGCUGUGGCGAAAAAGUCAAUCAACUUUUGAGCCACAUCCUGACUGAUGGGAGCCUGUUCUUGCAUAAUCAAUGCUUGGAGUUGGUCAGACUUGGUGGGUUUUUGUUUGUACGCCCACCUCUUUAGGAUUAACCCCAAGUUCUUAAUGGGAUUACUGUCUGGGGAAUUUCCCCACAAAGUGUUCCAAGCACCUUCAUCACUUUUGCCUUAUGGCAAGCUACACAUUAUAUCAUACUGGACAAGGCAUCGCUUAUCAGGAUGUUUUUUUGUACAAUUCUUUAUUCAUGGCUGUGUUCUUAGGCCUAAUUGUGUGAGCCCACACCUUUGGCUAAGAAGCGACCCCACACAUGAAUGAUGUCAGGAUGCUUUACUGUUGACAUGACACAGGGCUGAUGGUAGCGCUCACCUUUUCUUCUUCUGACAAAAUUGUAAAUGGUCAUUCUCAAAACUUUUGGCCAUGGCUGUACUAGGACUGUAUAUAAAAAGCCCAUUUCUCCUGGCACUUGAUUGAAGUUCUCUAAAUAAAAACAUUUGUAUUUUAAAUAGUGCUGUCAAAAUUAGCGCGUUAACGCAUGCGAUUAAUUUGAAAUAUUUAACGCAUUAAAAAAAUGUAACGCAAUUAACGCAGUUUUUUAAUUUCCUGUUGUAGCCGACGUGUGUUCAACGUGCAAAGAAGUAUGGAUAAACCAUCUGCCGGAUGGUUCUGUGAAUAAAACAAAAGUUAUCUGUACAUUUUGCAAAGCCGACUUUAAAUACCACAGAAGUAAUUCGUCUUUGACAUAUCACUUAAAAGCAAAACACCCCACCGAAACAAUCUCUACAGGGCCUCGCCAAUGUAAAUUGCAUUGAUUGUUUUAAAAUUCAAAUGACACAAAUGGCACAUACCUGUGUUUUUAUUUCUGUAAUAAAUAUUGCUUUCAU